AUGGUGGCCGCGGGUGGCGGUCAUUCGACGAUCCAAGACCUCGAUCGAUAUGGAUCCAAGUAUCCAGUGGGCGUGCACUCAGCAUCGGUUCUGGCCCAGUGGCACCCAGUGGGUCCGAGUCAUCUAACCCUUAGUCUGGUGUCUCACAGCGAGACUGCGUUCUCUGAGAAGGGGGGGAAAUUCAUCUCGCUUUGCAGAUGCACAAUCCGCGGAUUUGAUGGGGUGGGAGGUUUCCAGACAGAUGUCAAGGCAAAAGUGGCCACCGCCAAGAAACGCCACCUCAGGCACUCCCGGCUGUCCUCCAGCUGUGCACAACGUAUUGCACAAAAGUCAUCGUGGAUUGAUUCCUGGGUCAGCACUUACGUCGGAGAACCACAUCUCGGAAAUAUUUUGCCCCCCACUACGCAGAAUGCCCAUGCUUGUUGCCCGGCCUCUAUACAGUUCGUCAACCCCCCGGUUACUGUCCCUGCAGAUUGUUGUAAUUUGUAUCCCGCUACCGUUCCAACUUAA